CCGUGUUUAAUGUUGGUGGUUCGACCGAUGAAACCAUCGUAAAUGAAGCUAUCAUGCUAGAUUUGGCCUUUUUGUUUCCAUAGUUUAAGUAAACAUACUCGACAGGUUAUUCGAACGCGAUACUCGGUCCCUCAGGUUCUGGCAAAAUUCUUCGAUUUUUAAGGUGCAAGCUGCUGAACAAAAGAAAAACAUUGAACCACUAGUGAAGACUACUGUAGUUUACGUCGGAUUACGGAUGAUUCAUAGCCAUUCCUGAGUUAGUGGAAGUUUAGUGUCAGUUUUCUUUAUAUGUAUGCCGAUAGUGUGAAUUAGUGUAUUUUUGUUGCGUAAAAAAUAAGCAAAACGUAUUUAUUGCGGUUGGAAGAAAAACGUUUUAAGGGUGUAAUUUGAGCAGUUCCAUAAACUCACUGCGGAGAAUAAGUGCAAUUGCGAAAUCAGUUUCGUAACAAGCAAGCAAAUCUAGAUCAACAGUGAAAUUAUUGGAAAAAAAUAACAUUCUCAUCCUCCGGUUAAGACCAGCAACGCUAUGACCUCUUUUUUUAAUGUUAGUGCCCUAGGAGGCAAUCCUUUCUCCACGCCAGUUGGACAGAGGAUAGAACAAGCCACCGAUGGCACUUUGGCGUCAGAAAAUUGGGCCCUCAACAUGGAGAUAUGUGACAUGAUCAAUGAAUCUUCCGACGGAGCACGGGAUGCGAUGAAGGCAAUUCGUAAGCGCCUCACACAGAACGCCGGCAAGAAUUACACCAUCAUAAUGUACACAUUAACCGUACUAGAGACGUGCGUGAAAAAUUGCGGCAAAGCAUUUCAUGUACUGGUUGCUAAUAAAGAAUUUAUCCAAGAGCUGGUCAAACUGAUCGGACCGAAGAAUGAUCCUCCGCCUAUCGUUCAGGAGAAAGUGUUAAGCCUCAUUCAAAUUUGGGCCGAUGCUUUCCGCUCGCAGCCGGAUCUAAAUGGCGUUGUCCUGGUGUACCAAGAGCUGAAAAACAAAGGCAUCGAGUUCCCCGCUACCGAUUUGGACUCAUUGGCACCGAUAUAUACACCACAACGGAGUGUACCAGAUGGUGCCGCUACUGAGAGCAGUAUAUCACUUUCGCCUCAUCAUGUAUCGCAAACGCCUAACUCCCCCGCUUUACAGAUGCCUCCACCAUCAUCGAUGUCACAGGAACAAAUCGCCAAACUACAGUCCGAGCUGGAUAUCGUCACAAUGAAUAUGACUGUUUUAGGUGACAUGUUAACGGAGCUCAAACCUGGCCAGGAGGAUCCAGCCGAUUAUCAGUUACUAUCCGAGUUGGUAGCAACUUGCCGUGAAAUGCAAAACCGCAUUUUCGAGUUGAUCGGCAAGGUCAGCCACGAUGAAUUGACGGCUGAAUUGCUACGGCUCAAUGACGAAUUAAACAAUCUCUUUCUGAGGCAUGCUCGGUUCGAAAAGAGCCGCGAUCCCAAAACAGCAUCUUUGACUACUCCGUCAGCAAUUCUAGGUGCCGCUAUGGGCGUUCCCCCGUCGGGUGAUCUAGGACCGGCAGCUGCUUCCACCGACAAGAAAGAAUCGCUGAUCGAUCUUAGCGAUGAAGCUAGUGGUGGCGGUGGCACGACCGCUCUCAGCUCACAGCUGGCUGGCCUCAGCGUUGGGAAGGGGGCCACCGCCACUUCACAGCUAUCUCAGCUAAACAGUGUAUCAGCCCAGUCGGGAGGAGCCGCAAAUACGAAGAAAGUAAUUCCACCGGACGUCGUAUCCGAUGAGUUUGAUAUAUUCGCGCAAUCGCGCAAUACUACCGGCGACGGCGUUAAAGAUUCUCCUAAGAUGGAUGUACUGGGACCAAACAAGAACACACGCGACACCGAGUUUGAUGAAAUGGAGAAGUGGCUCGGUAAUCCGGAGGACAUUGACUCGGUGGAGCCAACCGAAAAUGGUGGCAACAUUGGCGGUGCGGAAGAAAGUCUAACCAGCAAGGAGUUUGAGAAAUUCUUAGCGGAACGAGCGGCAGUCGCCGAUAACCUGCCGUCAAUUUCCAGUCAGAUCGGCAGUGGUAACACCAAUGCAACGAAGGAUCGUAAAAAGAAAGACGACGACGAAGGACUACUGGCACUGUGAACGGUGGGCGCGUCGAUGGUUUUACUUUUCUUCAAUGGACGGGGCUUAUUGUAUGUGAUAGAUGUUUGUUUUAUUAGCAACUCAGAGAUAGAAGACAUUUUCAUCAGAUAUAUAUUAUUUAUUUUCGAUGGACAUUGUGACGCUGCACAGUAUGGACCCGCCCAUUGUGACAGCUGUAUUCCUGGGCCUUAACUGCAAGCAUGCGCCAUACUCUAUACGAUGUACGAUGAUUGUAUUUAUAUUCUUUACAUUUUACUUUUUUAGUAUAGUGAUUAUCGUAACAAAUUUAACCUUUUUAUUCUAUAAGCAGAUAUCUAUAUAGUUGUGCUUACCAGUGGUUAAAAGAUUAACAAGUGUAACUUGCCGUCAAAGAUGAAGAUAACUUGCAUUCUAGCAUUUCCUUCACCCUGAACAUUACUAGAGUCACAAGUUAUUAACCUAUUGUAACACAUUAACAAAUGAGCUAUUGAUUCAACACAAAAACGCUAGUAUAAGCAUAUUUUAGGCCAAAAAAUAUUAAACAUUUUUAGUCAUCUUGUUGAUACAAACAAAAAUGCUUGAAAAACAUCAAUCAAGAACGUCAGAAAACCAACCCAAUGAUUGGUGUUACUUAAAUCAUGCAGUUUCUUACGUAAAAGAAAGUUAUGUUUAGUCAUUCUCAAGAGAGGAUUGAAAUAUUUUAAACCAAAAACAAUUAUUCUAAUACUGUGUUUUUCACUAAUUUAUGUAAGAUCAAGCCAUUCUACUUUUUGGUAGCAGUGCAGCCAUAUUAAGGUCAUAAAAUUUAUAAAAUUUAUACAUUUUAGCUUUAAGCCUGCGGUUGAACUUCUUUAUUCUUUAUAAAUUGUUGCCAAUAUUUCAGUUAUUUGGAAUGAACAGUAAUCGAAAGUAAACAAUUUGUAAAAAAAACAUUCGUAAGCUUUGUCAAGCGUCAAGUUCUGAUUCAACCUUUAGAAGAAUAUUUAAGCAAACAUUGUAUAGAAGCUACAACUAACAUCUGUUCAAAGCCUUACAGAUAAGCAAGUACCUAUAUUUCUUUAAUCCCAAAAAUAGCAGAGCAGUUUUGAUUCGUUAAAGAUUCUGCAUAUUCUGGCAUGUAUCAUCAGUAAAGUACGUUACGCAAUGUAGCUGCCACGUACCUAACAUUUGAUUUGUGACAAACAUGGGUUAAACGACUUUUAACGUUUUGGGAUAAAUUCUUCAACUGGGUUACGAGGGUUACGAGAGACGGUAUCUUACUAAAUGCAAAAUGAAAAUAAUAAUGAAAACCCCAUUAU